CCAACAACAAAAAAUAUGAAAUAUAUUUUGGUAACUGGUGGCGUUAUCAGUGGUGUCGGCAAAGGGGUCAUUGCCUCAUCAUUUGGUACCCUGUUGAAAUCGUGUGGUUUGGAUGUAACAUCCAUUAAAAUCGAUCCAUAUAUAAAUAUAGAUGCCGGUACCUUUUCACCCUAUGAACAUGGUGAAGUCUAUGUCCUGGAUGAUGGCGGUGAAGUCGAUUUGGAUUUAGGCAACUAUGAACGUUUCCUGGAUGUCACGCUGCACCGUGACAACAACAUUACCACGGGUAAAAUCUAUCAAUUGGUGAUUGAAAAGGAACGCAAGGGUGAAUAUUUGGGCAAGACUGUGCAAGUCGUCCCCCACAUCACCGAUGCCAUACAGGAAUGGGUUGAACGCGUUGCCGAAACCCCUGUCCGUGGUGAUUCCAAACCCCAGGUGUGCAUUAUCGAAUUGGGUGGCACCAUUGGUGACAUAGAGGGUAUGCCUUUCGUCGAAGCUUUCCGUCAAUUCCAAUUUCGUGUAAAACGUGAAAAUUUCUGUUGUGCUCAUGUCUCCCUGGUACCUUCACCCUCAUCGACGGGUGAACCAAAAACUAAACCCACACAAAGUUCAGUGCGGGAGUUGAGAGGUUUUGGUUUAAGUCCUGAUUUAAUUGUAUGCCGUUCAGAGAAACCUAUUGGUUCAGAGGUUAAGGAGAAAAUUUCGAAUUUCUGUCAUGUGGCACCCGAUCAGGUCAUUUGUAUACAUGAUUUGAGUUCCAUUUACCACGUUCCACUGCUGAUGGAACAAAACGGGGUGAUUGAGUUCUUAAAUGAGCGUUUGCAGUUGAACAUACAACCUAGCAAGAGAGAAAAAUGCCUACAAAAAUGGAAGGACCUGGCCCGCCGUUCAGAAACCUUACGCAAAACUGUCAACAUUGCCUUGGUGGGCAAAUACACCAAAUUCAAGGAUUCCUAUGCCUCGGUGAUCAAGGCUUUGCAACAUGCCGCCCUGGCUGUGGGCUAUAAUCUCAAUUUGAACUUCAUUGAUUCCAGCCUGCUUGAAAAUGAAACCCUGCAGGAUGCCCCUUCCAAAUACCACAAAGAAUGGCAGCUGUUGUGUGAAAGUGAUGGUGUCCUCGUUCCCGGUGGUUUUGGUUCCCGUGGCAUUGAGGGCAAAAUUAAGGCUUGUAAAUGGUGUCGUGAAAAUCGCAAACCCUUCCUGGGUAUCUGUUUGGGUCUGCAGGCUGCUGUUAUUGAAUUUGCCCGCAAUGUUUUGGGCCUGGAGGAUGCCAAUACCACAGAAAUUAACCCUAAGACAUCGAAUCCCUUGGUAAUUGAUAUGCCGGAACAUCACACAGGACAAAUGGGUGGUACCAUGCGUUUGGGUAAACGUACCACAAUCUUCUCGGAGGAGCCAAGCAUUAUUAAGCAAUUGUAUGGAAAUCCCAAGAGUGUAGAUGAACGUCAUCGACAUCGUUAUGAAGUCAAUCCCAAAUAUGUACCCCAAUUGGAGGAGCAAGGUUUGCGCUUCGUGGGCUGUGAUGAUACCAAGCAGCGUAUGGAGGUUAUUGAGCUGAGAAAUCAUCCCUAUUAUGUGGGUACACAAUACCAUCCGGAAUAUUUGUCACGCCCUCUGAAACCCUCACCCCCAUUUUUGGGUUUAAUAUUGGCUUCCGUGGGACGUUUGCCGAAUUACAUUGCCCGAGGAUGUCGUCUAUCGCCUCGGCAACAAUCCGAUGCUUCUUCGGAUGAAGAUGAUUUACAAAUUACGGCAAAAAUAAAUAAUUUGAAAUUAAAUGGAACCGGCAGCAGCACUUUCCUUACACCCAAUGGUCGAGGAGCGGCGGAAUUGUUUUUAAAUGGUGGUGGUGGCACCACCUCAGCUGAGGCUUCGGAUACAGAAAUGGGUAGCAAAACUCCUCUGAAUGGUGGUCUUUAA